AUGGCUACACGAUCAAAAAGUCCUUUGCCGCCAACCAGUGGUGGCCAGAAUGGCAUCUCGAAGCCUAAGACAAUGAAAGCUACCUUCUGGAAUGGCAGGCCUGGUCGCAUGGAACUUCGGACUGUCUCAGUUCCUAAGUUGCAACAAGAGACCGAUUGCAUCGUUCGCUUGACUACAGCGGCAAUCUGUGGCACCGAUCUACACAUCCUCCAUGGCGUCUUUGGAAGCGCUAAGCUACCGCAGGCCGUUGGGCAUGAGGGCGUGGGCAUCGUCACCGAGAUCGGUGACGGUGUAGAGACGGUCAAAGUCGGCGAUCGUGUCAUCAUACAGGACUUCGCGGACGACGGACACGCCAGCCCGAAUGCGCUGGACUUCCAGCAGGCCUACUUCGGGCUCGGAGAACAAUUGGGCGAUUUGCCAGGACUUCAAGACGACACUCUGAUCAUACUGCCCCCGGGCUCCAAUGCUCUCACCGAUCUCGACUUUGUGCUUCUGUCCGAUAUCUUUUCCACCGCAUGGGGAAGCCUAUCACUCUCCGGCUUCAAACCCGGCGACAUUGUUGCAAUCUUUGGCGCCGGGCCUGUCGGGCUCCUCGUCGCCUACUCGGCCUUCCUUCGCGGCGCCGCCAAGAUUUACAUCGUUGACCACGUCCAAGCCCGUCUCGACAAGGCCCAGACUAUCGGCAGCAACGUGUUCCCCAUCGACCUCACCUUCACAAAUCCGAAGAAGGGCAUCCGCGGCCCCGCCGACCAAAUCAAACAGCACGAACCCUUGGGCGUCAACCGCGUAAUUGACGCCAUUGGCUUUGAGUGCGUCGACACGAACCUCAGACCGGACUCGAAUUUCGUCCUGCGCGAAGCGCUCUCCGUUGCGGGAUUCUUUGGCGGGAUCUACCUGACUGGCGUCUAUUUGUCGACACCCGCAGAUAAGGCACAGCCGAGCGCGAACAAGAUUGGGGAUACACUGAAGCUUGACAUGUUUACGUUUUGGGGCAAAAACUUGACGUUGAGUGGUGGAGGGAUCGUUCCUAGCGAAUGGAUUCCGGAGAUUCUGCCAUUGAUCUUGAGUGGAAGGGCGAAGCCGAGUUUCGUAUUUUCGGCCGAGAUUGGCAUUGAGGACGUCCAAGAAGGCUACGAGCGCUUCGAUCAGCAUCUGGAGACAAAGAUCGCGAUCAGAUUCCCUUGGGAACUCGAGGAGAAGGAAAAGGGAGCGAAGGGCAAAUUGACGAAGCAAUCAAAUGGGAGCAGCAGAAAGAGGAAGGCUGCAGCAUCUGAGGAGAGCUCGGAGGAAGAAGUGCAUGUUGUGCCUAGAAAAGGCCACGCUCUUGGACAGCGAGGAGGUGGAAAGCGCAGACGGAUGCAUGGGAGGUUGCCGCACAGCCACUUGAUGUUGACCGGCGCCUUUGGGGCGUUUGCGUAG